AAACUAAUAAAAAAAAAUAGGUAAUAUUGGAGAGUGGAAACUGAUUUUAGGGUUUGCGAUUACACAUGAUAUAAAUACCAAUUAUCAAAAACCAAACCUUCCUCUCAACUCUCCACACUUCUUCACACACUCUCUUCUCUUCACUCUCCGCCACCGAUUCAUCCCAAACUCCAAUGGCUGUUACUUUCUCAGAUCUACACACAGAACAGGGUAUCAAAUCCCUCGACGAAUUCCUCUCCGGAAAAACCUAUAUCUCUGGGGAUCAAUUGACGAAGGAUGAUAUCAAAGUGUAUGGAGCUGUUACUGAGAAGCCAAGUGAGUCUUUCCCCAAUGCUGCUAAUUGGUAUGAUGCCGUGUCUUCAAGUCUUGCUGCUAGUUUCCCUGGAAAAGCUCAAGGUGUGAAGUUUACAGGAAGUGGUGCUGCUCCAGCUGCAGAAGCACCUGCCAAAGCAGAUGCUCCCGCUGCUGAAGAUGAUGAUGAUCUUGAUCUCUUCGGUGAUGAAACUGAGGAUGAGAAGAAGGCAGCAGAGGAAAGGGAGGCUGCUAAAAAACCUGCCAAGAAGAAAGAAAGCGGAAAGUCUUCCAUUCUGCUUGAUGUUAAGCCUUGGGAUGAUGAGACAGACAUGAAGAAGCUGGAAGAGGCUGUUCGCAGCGUUGAGAUUCCCGGUUUAACCUGGGGAGCAUCCAAGCUUGUUGCUGUCGGAUACGGAAUCAAGAAGCUACAAAUCAUGUUGACAAUUAUCGAUGACCUUGUCUCGGUGGACGACCUCAUUGAGGAGACACUCACAGUUGAGCCAAUUAAUGAGUAUGUCCAGAGUUGUGACAUUGUAGCAUUCAACAAAAUUUAAGUUGAGUUAUGCCAUUUUCAAGCGGCUGGUCGGAAUGUUUGGUGUGUUUCAGUGGUGGUUUUGUUAGAAGUAUUUAUGGAGUAAAAGAGUUAGUCAUGUUAUGGUGGAACUUAAAUGUUAUUCAUGUCAAAACAUCAUGCACAUUACUGAACCGUAUGCUUCUGUUUUAUUUUUGAUAAGUUUCAAUAGAACCCUUUUUCUAUUCAA